GCUUUCAGGUACAAAGGAUUCUGUCAUCCUAGCUAGGGUUGUGACCUUAAUUAUCCAUCCAAACCCCAACCAAAUCUUAUAACCCUGUGAUCCUCCCAGCCCUGCACUACCCAAAAUCUCUCCCUUUGUUCUUCCCCUAUCAGGAGCCAUGCCUCCACGAGCCCUAAAGCUUUGCCCCCACCACAGGAUGGCAGAAGCUCCACAGCCCAACUCCACCUUCCCACGCCCAAGCUUCUUCAUAAUGGCUGGCAUUCCAGGGCUAGGGGAUGCCCAGGCCUGGAUGACAUUGGUCUUCGGGCCCAUGUAUCUGCUGGCCUUGCUGGGCAAUGGAGCAGUGCUGGCAGUGGUGCAGAUAGACUCCACACUACACCAGCCCAUGUUUCUACUCCUGGCCACACUGGCAGCCACAGACCUGAGCUUAGCCACAUCUAUAGCCCCAGGGUUGCUGGCCGUGCUGUGGCUUGGGCCCCAGCCUGUGCCAUAUGCUGCCUGCCUUGUGCAGAUGUUCUUUGUUCAUGCGCUGACUGCCGUGGAAUCUGGUGUACUGCUGGCCAUGGCUUGUGAUCGUGCUGUAGCAGUAGGGCGUCCACUGCAUUACCCUAUUCUAGUCACCAAAGCCCGUGUGGGCUAUGCAGUCCUGGUACUGGCACUGAAAGCUGUGGCUAUUGUUGUGCCUUUCCCUCUGCUGGUGGCACAAUUUGAGCACUUCCGAGCCAAGACCAUAGACCACGCCUACUGUGCACACAUGGCAGUGGCGGAGCUUGUAGUAGGUAACACAUGGGCCAACAACUUGUACGGGCUGGCACUUUCCCUGGCCGUGUCAGGUGUAGAUAUUCUGGGCAUCAGUGGCUCCUAUGGGCUCAUUGCUCAUGCUGUGCUGCGGCUGCCUACCCGAGAGGCCCGUGCCAAGGCAUUUGGUACAUGUAGUUCCCACAUCUGUGUCAUUCUGGCCUUCUAUGUGCCUGGUCUUUUCUCCUACCUCACACACCGCUUUGGUCGUCACACUGUCCCAAAGCCCGUGCAUACUUCUAACAUCUAUUUGCUGCUGCCACCUGCCCUCAACCUUCUCAUCUAUGGGGCCCGCACCAAGCAGAUCAGGGACCGGCUACUGGAAACUUUCACAUUCAGAAAAGGCCAGUUCUAACAGGCAGUGAAAACAAUGGAGCCUGGGGGUGGAGGUGAGGGGACAUUCAAAGGAGAGUCUGGGGUCUAGAGGUAUGGAUUAUGUCAUCUUUGUCCCAUUAUCUGCAUAUGACUGUGAUAACCACUCAAUAGAUAUUUGCUGUGAAGCUUCUACUACGUGUACCACUGGCAGUUGUAGACUUUGGUCUAGCCAUGUAUCCUGCUUGGGAUGAGGCAGGAAGCAGGGGACUACAUGCUACCAUGCGGGGAAAAUAAGAAGAGAUCAGGGAAUUAUCAGGGAAUCAUGGUACACAAGAUUUAACUUAAAGAAACCUGCUCCCUCCCACCAUCAUUUUAACCUAAGUCUUCCCAUGUUCCCAUACAAAAGCUCCUCUACAGAUCCUGGACCUGGGGGUCUGGGAAGAGUGACACUGCCUCUGGAGGCAAAUGCUUAGUUAGGUACUUGCCUGGGAUCACAGCCCUCUCUAUUCCUGGAGCCAGAUUCUGUUUUCAGCCUGUCCUUAUGGAAGGAGUUAUACAGGCAUAUCCCCCACCUUCUGAGAAUCUGGAUAAUGUGCCCUGGGUCCCAAUUUGGCCAGGGUACUGAACUUUAAGACACUGCCACUUCAGAGAACCCUCUUGGUCUCAUAUGUAAUUGCUAUCCUCCAACCCCCACUUUCCUGCCAGUCUUAAGAAUUAAUGGCUAGAACUUCUUUCCCUGAGCCUGCAGCUUCAGGGGUCAGGCGUCCAACUGAAAGAAAUUUUGAUAUCCCAGAAAAUAACCACUUCACGUGCUUGCCUGAGGUCCCAAGUCACUGUGGUCUCUUACCCAUCUGCCCUUUUGUGCAUCCUCAGCCAAGAAUGUAGAAUUCCCAAAAAUAAAAUCCUCAUCAGCACCCCUAUUUGUCCUGGCCAAAAUCACUAAAAGCAUAUGAUGUUGGUGCAAUAUGAUGAAAUAGGAAUAUUUCACACUGCUGUGGCUUCCAGAGAACAAAGAUAUUAAACAGGAAGUGCCAGGAUGUUGCCCAACAUGGGAUGCACUUUCAGCUAAGACUCCACACAGAAAGGGACAUUGCACAAAAGAUCUUUCACACCAGUAUAGAGUCCAGAAGGAGUAUAAUCUCAGAGAAAAGGCAGAGAAACACUGUUACGAGGUCAGAGAAAGCUGCAUGCUGCACAGGCAGACACAAGUUCUCUGGGAAAAUUAUCAUAACUGCAGAUAUUAGAGUUAGCCAUGAAGACCUGAAGCCAGGUGUAAUGCUGACCACUUAGCAGAGAUAGCUGGACCAAGCACCAUGGGAUACCA